GUAUUUGUUUCUGUCUCUCUGUAUUACUGUUUGUCCGUUUCGCUGUCUGUUUGUGUGUUUGUCUUUGUGUUUCUGUAUGUCAUCGUUUGUUUGGCUGGAACGCGAAAUUGGCAGCUUGCCGGUUGUGAGACGGUGAUCGCCAGGUGUAAGGUGUGCGCGACGACACGUGUACGCUGUGGGUUUCAGACAACCUGGUAAGGGUGAUGAUGAUCGACGGCGUGGAAACUGCUGGCGUCGAUGUGGAGAUCAGCGGACUGGAUGCACAGCUCGCUGAAGAUGCGAGAGGGGGUGAUACGGGCUGAGCUUCUCCUUCCUCUUUGGCGAUGGAGAAGGUCAGUGAGGGCAUAUUCACACUGCCACAAUUUCGACGGAGACUGGGAGUGAUCUCAUACAGGUACACCCAGAAACGUUUUUCAUGAGUAUGUGCGAGGUGCUGGUACGGUGCAACGAUGAAUGAAAGAGCGGGCUGUCGUGAAGAAGAAUGGAUUGCGCUCUUUCCCGGUCCAGGUUGUACGGAAUGUGAUGCUGUCCACGUUUGACGGAUUUGAGUUUAAUUUGCGCAGAAGUGGUAUUUAAGUGCAUUCCACGUGGAAGAUUCAGAGAACACACACAUACACACAGAGAGAGAGAGAGAGAGAGAGAGAGAGAGAGAGAGAGAGAGAGAGAGAGAGAGAGAGAGAGAGAGAGAGAGCAGGACAGGGAAAUUCACAAUGGCGGCGUGGUCACCCGGCGGCGAAGAAGGGAGAGAUCAGGUGAAGGUCAGCUUCGCGGAAGAGAUUUCCAGUGCCUCCUUGGGUGCGUGGUUGGCCCGUGAUAAUGAAGAUGCUGAUGGGAGCGGUAGCGGGAGAAGAGGAGGAGUAGGAGUAGGAGGAGGAGGAAUGGACAACUGCAUGGCCUGGACUAAGGGCAGCGGAGAUAACCUCCUUUCAAUCGAAGGUUUCAAUCGCGAUCCCCGAGUUUCUGUUUUCAAUCUUGCUAAUGCCGCCAUCGGCUCUGGUGUGCUUGGCUUCCCCUACGCCUUCCGUCACUUGGGAUUAUUGGGUGGACUUAUCUUCACUCUGGUCAUCUACUUUAUUCUUGUUCUGGCCCUUCGGGUCCUAAUGCGCGCCUCUCGGCAUUUUCGAUGUUCCACUUUCCAGGACGUUACUGCCGUUGCUCUCGGCCCAUUGAUGAGUUUCUUAGCUAGCAUUAUGAUUCUUGUUUAUCUCGUAGGUGCAUUGAUUUCCUAUUUGAUCGUCACUGCAGAUAUCUUUCUUCCCUUUCUGGUCCAGAGUCUGCCACGUGGCAGUCCCCUGGCCAGUCGAACCGUUUUCCUCUGCCUUGUCUCGGUUUUCGUCAUUCUUCCUCUUGCGUUGAAACGCACCAUGGCGUCUUUGAAAUGGAGUAGCGUUCUGGCUGUCUGUAUGCUGUCAUACUUGGCCAUCACGCUGUUCUGCUUCAUUGUGGGCAAGCUUGUGACGGCGCCAGGUGCCAGCGCCGGCGAAUUCCGCGAUGUGGCCCUGUUCAAUAUCGAUUCCCAGUUCUUCGCCUGCCUUAGCAUCUUCGUCUUCGGGCUCAACUGCAACGUUCAGUCGGUGUCAAUCUUCGCGGAGCUGAGUGAAGACGCAUCACCGCUGUGCUUCCGCCGCCAAACGGAGGAGGAGCCAUCGACGGGAGUGGGUGGGCGGGAAUCAACAGACGGGGGAAAGACAGCGGCGGGGGGCGCGGGGGAGAACCGCGGGAGGAAGUUAGCCGUUAUGGAUGGCGUCAUCUUCGCCGGGACGGGGAUUUGUUUGUGCCUUUACGCGUCGGUAGGGUUUUUCGGCUACCUGAUUUUCCCCCACGUGGAGAGCGACAUUUUGUCCAGUUUUCCGCAGGGGAAUCUGGCUCUAAACGUGGUUAGAUACGGAAUGGCCGUAGUGACGAUCGUGGCGUACCCUGUGAACCUCUUUCCCGCCAGGUCGAUGUGUCUCGACAUCGCUCUUCAAAUCGCUCGUUUCAGGGAGCAGGUUCGCACACCUUACUCCUCCUCCUCCUCCUCGUCGACUCACUUGCCCCUCACCUUCCCUGCCUCUUCUUCUUGCACUUGGUUCACGCCUGAUGUAAACCACGUUCUGCUGUCCGUCGCGCUUGUGCUUUUCCCUUUGGGAAUAGCAUUGUCUAUAUCGGAAAUAGGUACGGUACAGGCAUUAGUGGGGAGUUCGAGUGGGGUUUUGAUCGUUUUCAUAGUCCCCGGCUUGCUCCUAUUGAUGGGAAUAGACCCAAGAGUAGCGGCGACAGAAUCGACACAGUCGUCGAGGGAUGCAUCUGCGAGGCUUCCGCUACUCGCGGAAGCGGGGGAGAGAGAGGCAGGACGCGGGCGAAACGGGGGUGGUGAGGGGGGGUACGAGGAAGACGCGGAAGAAAGCUCCGCGUCACUGCCCCCGCUUGCGCGUGCUUCCGACCGAAAGCUCCGCGCAGCGGCGGUGUACGAUCAUGGGGGAGGAGGACAGCCAGGAGGAGGGAGAAGACCGGGGAAGCUGGAGACAGCCUCAUGGUUCACGUCUGCUCUUGGAUGCUUCAUGCUGGUUUUCGGGGCUAUCAUAUUUGUGUCCACUGUCUCAGUCCAGCUAUCUCUCAGGUGCCGCCUGUUUGCCGCCGUCCCUAGCGUCCUCAUCAUGGCGGCGAAUCUGAAUGCUGGCUGCGAUGGCGUGCAGGUUGAUCCCCAUCAUGAGUCGUACGGGGACAUUCAUCCGCCCGUGACGGCGAAAAAUGUUGAGGAGCUUCACUCACUGCAGAAAGCGUCGUCGUCCGAGAAGGUCCCUCCUCCGGCGCAGUCGAUCGGCAAGUCGCUUGCUUCCAUCUCCAAGGGCAAAGCAGUGUGUCAUCAGUUUCGACCGGAUCUUAGUGACACGGAUCUGAAGGUUGCUCAUGUGCUUUACAACUUGUCUCCCGCGGAGCUGUACGAGGAGGCGAUCAAGUACGAGCAGGGGUCGCACAUCACGUCCACCGGCGCGCUGGCCACUCUUUCCGGAGCCAAGACCGGUCGUUCUCCGAAGGACAAGCGCGUGGUGAAGGAGGAUGAGACGUCUGCUGACCUCUGGUGGGGAGAGGGCUCGCCCAACAUUGAGAUGGACGAGGAGACGUUCUUGAUUAACCGGGAGAGAGCUGUGGAUUACCUCAACUCGUUGGACAAGGUGUACGUGAACGACCAGUUUCUCAACUGGGACCCGAAGAACAGAAUCAAGGUGCGCAUCAUCACGGCACGGCCGUACCACUCGUUGUUCAUGCGCAAUAUGUGCAUUCGGCCGACGCCCGAGGAGUUGGAGGAUUUCGAGCCGGAGUUCACCAUCUACAAUGGCGGGAGGUUCCCGGCCAACCGCUUCACGCACUACAUGACGUCGUCAACCAGCAUCGACAUCCAUCUGAAGAGGCGGGAGAUGGUCAUUCUGGGCUCGCAGUACGCCGGUGAGAUGAAGAAGGGUCUGUUCGGGCUGAUGAACUAUCUGAUGCCGAAGAGGGGCAUCCUGUCCCUGCACUCGGGGUGCAACAUGUCCAAGGAGGGGAAGGUAUCGCUCUUCUUCGGGCUGUCGGGGACGGGCAAGACCACAUUGUCGGCGGAUCCGAACAGGUACCUGAUCGGCGACGACGAGCACUGCUGGAGCGACGACGGAGUGUCGAACAUCGAGGGAGGAUGCUACGCCAAGUGCAUCGACCUGUCCAAGGAGAAGGAGCCAGACAUCUGGAAUGCGAUUCGCUUCGGCACGGUCCUGGAGAACGUGGUGUUCGACGAGCACACGCGGGUGGUGGACUUCACUGACAAGUCGGUGACCGAGAACACCCGGGCGUCCUAUCCCAUCGAGCACAUCGACAACGCAAAGAUUCCAUGCGUCGGCCCGCACGCGAACAACGUCAUCCUUCUCACGUGCGACGCUUUCGGCGUGCUCCCGCCUGUGAGCAAGCUGACGUUGGCGCAAACGAUGUACCACUUCAUGAGCGGGUACACGGCGCUCGUGGCCGGCACGGAGGUGGGCGUGAAGGAGCCGAAGGCGACGUUCUCCGCGUGCUUCGGAGCUGCGUUCAUCGUUUGGCAUCCGGCCAAGUACGCUUCCAUGCUGGCGGAGAAGAUGCAGAAGCACGGCGCGACUGCGUGGCUCGUCAACACCGGGUGGGUUGCAGGAAGCUACGGCACGGGGUACAGGAUGAAGCUGCCGCACACGCGCAAGAUCAUCGAUGCCAUUCACGACGGGUCGCUCCUGCAGGCCAAGUACACGGCGACGGACGUGUUCAAUCUCGCCGUCCCUGAUCAUGUCGAGGGUGUGCCUGACGAGGUUCUGAUGCCGCAGAACAUGUGGGCGGACAAGGAGCUGUUUAACACCACUCUGACAAAGGUUGGCGGGCUUUUCAAGGCGAACUUCAGGAAGUUCGAGGACUACACCGUUGGAGGGGACAAGAAGCUGACGGAGGAGAUUCUUUCGGCAGGGCCGCAGAUGUGAGAACGGUUGAAGAUUGGGAUUUGUCUAGGUCAAUUGUUUAAGUUGUAGCAGAGUCCAUUCUUUGUAGAGGAACAUGUGCAGCGUUUCUCGAAUUUGGACAAGUAGUUUUUAGUUACUGAGCAUCUUCAUUCUUUUCGGUGAGUGGAUGACAUAGCGCGAUCCCGUAAUCUGUGGUUGUGUCACGUGCACGCCUACGGUUCUUUAGGAUAUGAACGCCCAUUCAUUACUCCCAAGUCGUCGAGAUUUAUGUACUUUCCCUUUCAUUUGUCCGUUUCAGUCCAAGCAAUAGAUGACGCCGUUGCCUCCGAAGCCG